AUGAAACAAGGCGACGGCUAUUUCUUUUCCAACAUCUGCAGGCGGACUUUUUCGAGGGUCAGCUGCACGCGACGACCGAGGCGCAACUGCCCGGUGCAAGACCAGCAGGACACAACUGGGAUGUCGAACGCGGCCCUUCAGCUCGAGCAGCUCUUCAUCUUCCACCCCCGCCUGGGUAGCGAGGCAGGCGAGAAGCUGCUGUACUUUCACCCCGAGCACACGCCUCUCGCCGAGCAGCACAACGCGCUCGGCCUCGUCGUCGCGCUCGAAGGGCUCCUGGCCAACUUUGGAGUGGCGUCGCCUUUCGAGCUGCUGGCCACGGCGCAGCGGCGGUAUGUCGUGCUGCAGCCGGAGCCGAGCCUGUGGCUAGUCGCCGUGCACAUGCUGCCUCCGAGUGCGCCAGCCGCCACCGCACGGCAGAGAGGUGCGAUCGAGGAGGAGGCGGAGGCGGAGGCGGCCGACGCGGACGCCGUUCGGCGCGCCGCCUUGGAGCAGCUGUACGAGACGCUCCGCCUCUGCUGCGGACCGCUUUCGCGCCGCCUGGUGGAGUCUGGCGGCGCCGCCUCAGUGCGGGCCCUCCUCUCUGGCGUGAUGCCGCGGCUGCUGGCGGUGGCGGCGCUGCAGCACGAGGCGGAGGGCGACUUCCUGACGGCGGUCGGAGGCAUCCAGUACCUCCCCCUCGGCCAGGCUGCCGGGCUGCGCUGCCACGCAGCGAUGACCGCCGUCCUAUCGGCCCAGCCUGCGGCGGCGCGCUGCUCGCCCGGUACGGGAGGCGUGCACGACGUGUCCCCGACGCUGCCUGGCCAUGUCCCGCAGGCGCACCUGCUGCUCACCUUCGAAGGGAGGCUGCUCGUGCUGCGCGCGCACCGCGCAAAGCACGCCGCGGACGCCUCGGCGACGCCCGCCGCCGGCUUCCUCGUCGGCGCCGGCGCCGCGGGCUGCGGCGACGGAGCCGAAGGGCCGACUCUCCCUCGGCUCUUUGUGCGGAAACGCGCCCCUCUCUCGCCCGGGCAAGCAGACCCGGCCGCCAGCUGCGUGUCGGCGGCAAGCUCGCCGCCCGAGGCUGCUGCCGCCGGCGAGGGUCUGGCCGCCCGCGAGGCUUCGGGCGAGGGGCGGCACGAGCGAGGCGGCGACGGGUGGGAGGAGGACGGGUGGGAGGGGCUGCGGCUGGCCGUCCUCUGCUCGCACGGCGUCGGCAUCGCCCUGCUGCUCGAGGACGGGUCGCGAGAGUGGGCGGACCGGCGGUGGCACGCGACGCUCCGCGCCUCGCUGAGCUCUGAGCUCGAGGGGCUCGGCGCGGUCUUCGCGGAGCAGGCGCGGCGCGCCGGCGCGGAGGAGCAGUCUCGCCGCUACGUCUCCUUCGACUCCUUCAGCCUCGCGCUCCAGCUCCUCGAGCGGCUGCUGCUGCGGUCCUGGAGCGACCUCGAGGCGGGCGAGGCGCGGCAGGUGGCGGCGCGUGCCGCCGAGGGCUGGCUGCUCGCGCGCGCGUCGGGGAGCCGGCGCCUGUUUGCCCUGGUCGAGUCGAAACACGCUUCGCUCGCGGAGGCGCACCAGGAGGCUCUCGCGCUCACCGCGUCGCACCUUUCGCACAUCUUCAUCGACGGGUAG